AUGAGAUGGAUCCGCAGCCGCAUGACUCUGAGCAAGCGGCUACAGGGCCACUGGCGAGAAGCAGCAUGUGCGCUAAGAUGCACUCAUGGGCUUUCUGUGCACGUCCUGGUCCUGCGGCAGCAGCAUGCCCGAGAAGGCGCCUCGGCCAUGGAUGAGGCUCGGGGGCUCGAGACUCUCACUUUGUCGCCGUUUGAGAUCCACUUCUCUCAGACCCGGAUAAGGUCGGAGUUUCAAGAUGGGCGUCCUUUACAGCUUGCGCUGGAUGAGAUCCAGGUGACGUCCGACGGGCAAGGAGAGGACUUGCUGCUGGUGCCGCCGUUUCCCCGAAUCGAGGUUACGAGGUGGCGCUGCAAGCUGCGGGACAGCACUGGCGCUGCAAAGCUGAGCGAAGGGGGCCUGGAGCUUUACAGCCAGGAGGAGCGCUGGUUCAGCUUCGACAAUCGCCGACUUUGCUGCCUGCAGCGCGCUGCUGCACAGCAUUGGCCAAAGAAAGUAUGCUGCGAAGUGGUUGAGAUCCCACAGACACUGGCGCGGACCCGCGAGUUGCGAAAGUUCGACACGCGAAAUACCGGGCUGAGUGUCCUGGUGGGGCGGCGCGAUGAUCCCAACCCAGAGAAGUGGUGCUGGCGCACGGAGGUUGGGAUCCAGCCCCCUGAGCCCGAGCAGGAGAUCGGUGUCGUUCUGCCGGGUCUCCGCCAUCGGGGGGGACGUCCGCAAGAAUCUGAGCAAGGACACCUUCCGUUCAAGCGCAAUGGGCGACGGAGGUCCCAGCAAGAAGAAGAAACAGCAGGGUCUUCCUUCGGCGCCUUGCGCGGGCUGCUGUCUAACUGGCCUGGUUGGGGUUCUGCGCGUGUUUGA